CAGAUGUGGCUGUCUGGGUUAUUGGAAGUCGUGGCACCCCUGUCAUGGGAAGAAAAGCUCAUGUUAUCUUCAGGGAGUUUCAGGAGGUUUUUGGCUCAAGGCACCCAACUGUCAGACACAAAGAAAGCAUUGUGCGCUCGCCCUCCCCAUUCUGCCGUGCCCAGGUUAUUAACUCAGAUUCCAGUAUUGUCAAGGCUUUGGCUGGAAGGGAGUGUUCUCUGCAGGGGCUGACCACUGGGGCUGAAAUGGAAGGACAAACACUCCCCCACUUCCCAGUCCUAACCUUCUGCUUAGUCCCCUCCCACUGCUCCAGCUCAUAAAGGAGCCUGGAGCAUCUUGGUACGGCAGAGAGAAGCUGCACCUCCCUCUGCACUGGGAUGAUGGAAGACUUCGCACACUGAAGCGAGGGUUCCCCUGGGUCUCGCGCACGCCUAGAUUCCCAGCUAGGCAGGCGCUCUGGAAGGUCAAGGCAGGUGGGAGUCCUGGCAGGUCGCGCCUUCGCCUGAGAAGGGUUUUCACGUGCAAAGUGGAGGGACCCUUUGUAACAAACCAAAGGCAGGCCGCUCUCCACCCUGAGCCGCCCGGAAGAGGAGCUUCUCAGAAGCACAGGGCUCACUGUGCCUCAGGUGCAGUCUGGCUCAGCUUAGCCCGAGAUCAGAGCCCGGCCCUGCCUGCUGGCGUCGCUCUUCACCAUGAGCGCGGUGCGUGGGAGCUCGGCCCACCCUUCACUUAACAACCUCCGAGCUCCUGCCCUGUGGCAGCCUGACCUGGGCCCUGGGGACAAACUGUGAGCAGCACGGCCCCUCCUGCCCCCCUGAGCCUCCGAGAACACAGGGGGUGCCGAGGCAGGCUCGGUGCCUGAUCCUCCCUGCGCUGACCUCGCCAGCCUGACCCAGCCCACCCUGACCUGCAGACAGUCACGCACAUGUGUUUACACUUGCAUUGUUGACUGGGGUCCAGUUGCCUUUUUGGCAAAGGCAUCAAGCAUCCAAAGAUGUUCAGAUCUUUUGUAUUUGGCUCCUUCCCUCUGCACGGAUAUACCUUGGAAUGAGACUCCAGUGUGUCCCUUGAUCCCCUCGGCCGUUGUCUGAGGGCCGAGAAUCCCGCUGCUGUGCCUCUCAGAUCCUUCCCCUGGGGAGGAGAGAGACCUCAGGAGCAGUGAGCUGUGGAAGCAACCCCAGCUGGCUACCGACAAAAGAGAUGAAGUGUUCUUGACCUUCUCAUAGGCUGUCAGAUGGCCUUGAGCUGGGAGAGCAGAAGACUCGAGCUCCCAUCCCAACACACUUCUCCGCUUCCAGCGUGAGACCCCGAGUUUCUCCUCAGCCAGUUGGAAACCUGCGGCCCUUCUCUGUGCAAGUCCCAGCAGUGGCAGCCCGGGAGGCCAGGUGUUCCCUGACAUCCCACACAGCACGCUGGAGAUUGCACAAGCGAGCGAGGGAACCCUGGCCCUCGCCUCCCCUCUCGCCCACCCCGCCCAGGGCACCUGCUCUCUGUUCUUGGUCUUCAGGAGAGCUGGACCCUGGCCAAGGCAUCUUUAAUUUCAACUUCAUCUUUUCAGCAGAAAAGAUACUCGUGCGACGUAAAGACUCAGCUCAGCUGUCACAUCCUACAAAGUGGAAAGAGACUUUGAAAGGGAGUAUGGAAAACUCCAGCAGCUGGAGGAGCAGACCAAGCGGCUGCAGAAGGACAUGAAGAAGAGCACGGACGCGGACCUGGCCAUGUCCAAGUCCGCUGUGAAGAUAUCCUUGGACUUGCUCUCCAAUCCCCUCUGCGAGCAAGACCAGGACUUUCUGAACAUGGUGACAGCCCUGGACACGGCCAUGAAGCGGAUGGACGCCUUCAACCAGGAAAAGGUGAACCAGAUACAAAAGACUGUGAUUGAACCCUUAAAAAAGUUUGGCAGUGUCUUCCCGAGCCUCAACAUGGCGGUGAAACGGCGGGAGCAGGCCUUGCAGGACUACAGGAGGUUGCAGGCCAAGGUGGAGAAGUACGAGGAGAAGGAGAAGACAGGGCCGGUGCUGGCCAAACUCCACCAGGCCCGAGAAGAGCUUCGGCCCGUGCGGGAUGACUUUGAGGCCAAGAACAAGCAGCUCCUGGAUGAGAUGCCGCGGUUCUACAACAGCCGACUGGACUACUUCCAGCCCAGCUUUGAGUCCCUGAUCCGAGCACAGGAGACCCGUGACUUCCCUGUCCUGUGCCGCUGCUCCCGGACCCGCAGCCACCUGCCCUGCCCCCUCCACCCUGUUGCUCGCAGGAGACAGCUCCAGGCUGCCCAGGUCGUGUACUACUCGGAAAUGCACAAGAUCUUCGGAGACCUGACCCAGCAGCUUGCGCAGCCCGGCCGUCCUGACGAGCAGCGGGAGCGCGAGAACGAGGCCAGACUGAGCGAGCUCAGGGCCCUGUCCAUCGUGGCCGAUGACUGAGCCUGGCCCUCGGAGGACUGGAACACAAGUCGGCCUCUCGAGCCUUCGCUUUACGAGCUCAGGCUCGGGCAUCAGGCAGCAAGGGGCCCUUGCC